AUGAAGUUCACCACUUUACUCGUUGCCAACCUCGCCGCCGUGGCCUCUGCUGCUGCCAUUGAGCCGGUUCAGAACCAAGUUGACAUUUCUCUGCCUCCCGGCUGCACCAAGCCCAACCUCAUCAAGUGCGCACUUCGUCUCGUCGGCACCACUGCUUCUUGCGGCGCUGCCAUCAUCGAGGUCGGCGCCAAUCCGGUUGCCGACCUGAGCUGCAUCGGUUCCGCUGCCAACACGGCCGCCAAGUUUGACGAGUGCAAGAAGUGCAUCCCGCACAAGCAGAACCUUAUUGAGAACUAG